AAGUAGGUAGAGGCUCUAGGCUGUACCAGUUACAGGCUGUUUAGAUGGAGAUGUUAUUGCAAGAGCUUGCUUCCUCCUCUAAGCUUUUGAGGGACUUUAAAGAGAUGUAUGAGUAUGAGAACCGUUUAAAAACCUUUACAAAUUGGCCUUUUGCGAAGAACUGCAAGUGCACUCCAGAGAAUAUGGCAAAGGCGGGCUUUGUACACUGUCCAAAUGCAAAUGAACCAGAUGUGGUGAAAUGCUUCUUUUGCCUGAUAGAACUAAAGGGCUGGAAACCAAAUGAUGACCCAUGGGAGGAACACACAAAAAGUCACAGCUGUGGCUUUUUAUCUCUUAGUAAGAACUUUGAUGAUCUGACAGUGGAGGAAUACUAUGUGUUGGAGAUGACACGGCUAAGAACCUUCCUUUGCAAGACUGGCAGAAGCAUAAUAAUCUCUUUUGAAGAUGAAGUCGCCGCAACUAGGAAGCGUCUUGUAGACAUCUUUUCCAAACAUCAAUACACACCAGAGCCGCCAGUGCUUCUGCAUGCUGAUCCAACUUCCCAAACUUCUGAAAGUUCAUACUACCAGUCCAAAAAAACUUCCAAGAGAAGUGAAGUGUGAAGACUGACUCUGAAAUUUUCUCUUCUUCAUAUGGUACUAAUAUUCUUAUUUUUACGCAAGGAGUAAUGUAAAGCUGAAUAGUUGUGUGAGCAAGUGUAGGAAACUUUUUAUAUACUCCCUAGGACAAAGGUCAUAACUGUUUCUAUUAACUCCUAUCCUUCACAAUGUGCUUGUCAUUAUGGCUAGGAGUGAACUAUUACUAGUCUCAUUAGUCUGAGAAUAUAUGAAAAAUGUUUAAGUAAAUACUUAUUCUGGCUUAAUAGGUUGAACUUUUUGAAUAAAAAUUCAUAACUCAGUUACUAUUGUGAUCUGUGCUACAUUCAAGCCUUUGAGCUAGACUGACUCAGAUCAGAAUGGUUCUGCUUCAAAACACUUUCUAUAGAACAGAAUGGAUAUGUGUCUACAGUAAUCCCUACUUUUAAGUACCUAUGUUGUCUACAUUCCUGUUUACCACUAAAUUAUCUUUCUAGACCAGUUAUAAUUUACCAUAGUAACAUCUAGCAAAAAAAAAUGCAGAAGGGAAAAAUACUUGGUGUAUUGAAAAAGGCAAGUCCAGGCUUGUAAGACCUCCUUGAGGAAGAAGUGCUUAGGGGUUUGGGUACACAACAAAACUUAAUCUAAUGGCCUGGGCUUCUGAUUUAAAAAGUCUGCUCGUCAUACUUUCAGACUGUUUUUUUUAAUUAAAUGAAUUCCUGUUUUCUUAUUUCAUAGUUUCAGCUGGGAUAAAGUCUCUUCUUGGAGGCUAAUAUAAUGUCUUCUGGAUUUUUUUAUGGAAAUAGUGGUAAUAAAAUAAAAUAUUUAUGUUUUAUAAAUAUUUUAA